AUGUUUGUGUUUCCUCUCCUGGCUGGGGUUGUAUCAGCCCGAGUCUUCGACCUCCCCAGUAUUCCGGAGGGAUGGGAGCAUGUCGUACCAGCCUCACCGGACGAGCCGAUUCAACUCCGGCUUGCUUUGCGGCAGCAAGGAGAGUCGGCACUCGAGGCGGCCGUGCUCGACCGGUCCACCCCCGGGACGGUCAACUACGGCAUACAUUUAAACCGUGAAGAGUUACAAGUUUACACGGCUCCAUCCGAGUGCACAGAGACGAGCGUGACCCAGUGGCUUCGGGAAAAGAAUGUCCCCCACUCUAUCGAGGCCGACUGGGUCACGAUCAGGACGACCGUCGACGUGGCCGACAACUUGUUCAAUGCGUCCUUUGGCUGGUUCCGGCGCGAGAGAGGAGGAGACGAGAAUGUUGACGGGGAGCGCGAGCCCAAGCUGCGCAGUCUCUCGUACAGCAUACCCGACCAUCUGACCCAGCACAUCGACACGGUGCAGCCAAUCACCCGGUUCGGGGACGUCAAGGCCAUGGGCUCGGCGAUCGCCACCGCGUCCGAGUUCUUCAACGCAUCUGGUAAUAGCACGACGUUCGUGCGCGGGAACUGCGACUCGUACGAGACCCCGGGCUGCCUCAAGCAACUCCUCCCGGGAAGCUUCGAGUCCGAGACGGCGUACGGCAGAAUUGGGUUCGCAUCGUUUCUGGGCCAGUCUGCUAGGUAUGGGGAUCUGGAAGAGUUCAUCAGCGAGCUGGCGCCACACUCUGUUGGCCUAAAUUUCUCUUUCACCGAGAUCAACGGCGGCGUGCACCUCAAGGAUCACGAUACCACCUCGAGCAUGGAAGCGAAUCUGGAUGUCGCUGUGAUCAUGGGCUGGGUCCACCCCAUCCCCAUCCAUGAAUAUAUCGUGGGAGGAUACGGGGACCAGCAAGCCACGGUGGACGAUCCCUCCACCACCGGAAGCAACGAGCCUUACCUCGAGCUGCUCGAGUACCUGCUGGCCCUCAACGACACCGACCUGCCCACCGUCCUUUCCGUCUCGUACGGCGAAGAGGAGCAGUCCGUCCCCGAGGACUACGCGCGCAAGGUAUGCAACCUCUUCAUGCAGCUCGGCGCCCGCGGUGUGAGCGUCAUCUUCGCCUCGGGCGACUACGGCCCGGGCGGCUCGUGCACAACGAGCAGCGACGCCGGCAACAACUCGACCUACUUCCAGCCCGUCUUCCCGGCCACUUGCCCGUGGGUCACCGCGGUCGGCGCGACGGCAAACCGCGACGACAUGAUCGGCGCGUCCUUCAGCUCCGGCGGCUUUAGCCUCUACUUUGACCGGCCCGGCUACCAGGACGACGCCGUUCCCACGUACGUGGCGGGCCUCGGGGGCGAGUACGCGCCCUACUUCAACGGAUCCAAGCGGGCGUUCCCGGACGUCGCGACCAUCGGCGUCAACUACGCCGUCGUCGACCAGGGGACCCAAUACCUCGUCAACGGAACCAGCGCCAGCGCGGCCACGUUCGCGGGCCAGGUGUCGCUGCUCAACGCGGCGCGGCUCAGCUCGAACCUGACGGCGCUAGGCUUCCUCAACCCACUGCUGUACAACUACAGCGCGAGCAUUUUCAGCGAUGUGACCGGGGGCUCCUCGGUGGGCUGCGUGGGGAACAGUGCCUUUGGCGCGCAGGGCGCCAGCUGGAAUGCAACCGACGGCUGGGACCCGGUCACGGGCUUUGGGGUCCUAAACUUUACCAGGUUGCAGGCCAUCGUGGCCCCUGAUGCAACGAGUGAUGUCGGUUCUUGA